UGUUUUGUUUGCACAGUGUUUUUCUAAGGUUCUACUAUAAAUUAACGAAUUUAUUCGUUUUAAAUACAUUAAUGUCAGGUGGGCAUACCUGCGUUUCAUACAAAUGCAACCGUUUAUUGUGAUUCGCAAUUAUCGUGAUGAUGAUGAGCUUAAAUGCCAAGAAUUAGUCCGUGAUUACAUUAUGUCCUUCGUUAAGAGAUCUUUCUACUGCUUUUGCUUCAGAGAGAUAACUCUGCAAUUCAUUGUAAUAACAUGGGCUAUACUAUUCAUAUUCAUCGGUGUGCCGUUGCAGUUUUGUGCAAUGACCAUACCUGGGUGUAUAUUUUUCUUAUUCUCUGGUACAUACUUUUCAUUUUACGCUAAGGCCGUAGAAUUGAUGAGGACUAAACCAUCACAAUCCCUCGUAGCGGAAUGCUACGAACCAUUCAUAUUUCGCUUGAAACCGCGAGAAGCGACAUACCAAAUCUUCCUUGAUGAAUCUCCUUAUGAACAAUCAUACCUAAAUAAAUUUAGAAAAAAGAUAAUCGCUACAGUAAGUGUUAAAAAGCACAAUUCACUUUAUAAGGCAGCUUGGAUGUAUCGCUUUGCUAUGGCUCCCGAUUAUCCCUUUCAGAGAAUCGCCGAACCAAUGGUGAAUUUGGUGUCAAAAAAAUGUGUUGCGAAUGGAUGUAUCUCUUUGGAAUGUACAAUUUCCGAGUGGCAAGAGGAAGAACGCGAUUUCUAUGACAAUAUGGGAUUCAUUACUCGUCAAAUUUACCAUAAACAAGUUAUAGGAAGUAGUUUAACUGUUAUGAAGACUCUUCUUACAUAUGACCUUCAUGCGAAUGAGAGAAGCGAACAUUCCAAAUUAGAAACAAUAAAAUAGUUUUAAAGCCGAUUAAGUAUAUUGUACUAAACAAAACACAGAAGCCUUCCGUAAGAAUCCUUAUCCAAAUACUCACUGCGAAAAMGCACAUUUUGACUACAAGUACGAACUCUACAUGUAUUUUUGUACAAUAAACUGCACUCCAUUUAUAAAAACAAAAAUAAAAGCUUUUGAUUGCAAUAAAUAA